AUGAAAGUGUUUAUGGACAUGAAACCGGGUGGAUCGCUGUGCACGGUGCUUGCUACCAUGUUCCGCUUCAAGUCGGAGCAACGGUGGCGCAAAUUCGACUUCCAGGUCGGUAAGAAUCCUUCGCGUAAAGAUCUGAAUGUGCAAAUGAUGAUGGAGAUUGACUCGUCUCUGCUCAGUGCUGAAGUCAUCCGCACACCGUGCGUCUACAUUCGACCGGAAGUUGACAAGUCUACUGCUAACAAAGUUAAAGACAUCGUUGUGAAUCAUCAAGGAGAAAUUUGCGAAGAUGAAGAAGACGCGACACACAUCGUGUACCCGACCGUGGAUCCUUUGGAGGAGGAGUACGCGCGCCCUGUAUUUCGUCGUGGCAACCACGUUCUCGUCCACUGGUAUUAUCUCCCUGACAGCCAUGACACCUGGGCACAAGCUGAUUUACCCGUUGAUGUACCAGAGUCAGUCAGCUGGGACUGUAAUCGUUCGGAACAAUGGCGUGUCUCUGCAUCUUGGGCCCUAGACCUUCCCCAGUACAAUGAGUGGAUGAACGAAGAGGACUAUGAGGUCGACAGUAAUGGGAAGAAAAAGGUUCACAAGCUGCGGCUAUCCGUUGAUGAUCUGAUCCCGGGCGCAGAGCCCUCGAGCAAGUCAAAGAAAGGCAGCAAGAGGAAACGAUCUCCAUCGCCGCCGCCGCAGAAGCAUGGCAAACGGAAGAGUCGUACAACUAAGCGGCGAGAAAACGACGUAGACGAGGAAGAGGACAAUGCGUCCAGGGACAAUACUGAUGCUGUGCCUACGCCUGAGAGCGAAAAAGCUGCCGAACCAGCAGCACCGCCUACGUCCAGCGGUCCGGCCACGGAGACUGUAACGGCUGCCGAAGCUCCAGCCACCCCCGCACCUCCACUAGAUACACACGAUGACUCGCAGGGGAAACAUAGCGAUUCAAACACACAGGAAAUGCUAACUAAAGAGGAACUGGAAGACAAUGUAACGGAUCAAACACAUCACAUCGUUGUGCCGUCGUAUUCAGCUUGGUUCGACUAUAACUCUAUACACACCAUCGAGAAGCGGGCGCUUCCAGAGUUCUUCAACGGCAAGAACAAAUCUAAAACACCUGAGAUUUACCUCGCUUAUAGAAACUUCAUGAUCGACACGUACCGGCUGAACCCCACGGAGUACCUGACGAGUACGGCGAGUCGCCGCAACCUGGCCGGCGACGUGUGUGCUAUCAUGAGGGUUCACGGCUUCCUUGAGCAGUGGGGGCUCAUCAACUACCAGUUGGAGGCAGAAUCUCGUCCGACAGCUAUGGGACCACCACCGACAUCUCACUUCCACGUGCUGUCCGACACACCAUCUGGGUUACAACCAUUAGUCACCAGGCCGUCACAACCACGUCCAGCGGAGAACGUGCCGAAGGUGGAGCCGGGCCUGCCCAACGGCGCAGAGGCGGGCGCGCCCGCCGCCCCGCCCGCGGCGCCCGUCAAGCCCGAGCCUGCCGCCGUCGACCUGCCCACAGCCCCGGGACUUAAACUUGAUCAGUAUCGUGGUGGUGCUCGCGGCCGGGAAUGGACGGAGCAAGAGACGUUACUGCUGUUGGAAGCCUUGGAGUUACACCGCGACGAUUGGAACCGAGUGGCGGCUCACGUAGGCACGCGCACACAGGACGAGUGUAUCUUGCACUUCCUGCGACUGCCCAUUGAGGAACCGUAUCUGCAUGACACUUCAGCUGGUGGUGUCCUGGGACCUUUGGCGUACCAACCUAUACCGUUUAGCAAGACCGGCAACCCCGUAAUGAGUACUGUAGCCUUCCUGGCGUCAGUCGUCGAUCCACGCAUCGCUUCAAAGGCUACUAGAGCCGCUAUGGAAGAAUUCGCAGCGAUCAAGGACGAGGUGCCGGCCGCCAUGAUGGAGGCGCACGUGAAGGCGGCGGGCGCGCACGGACCCGCGGCCGCGCUGGCCGCCACCGGCAUCGCCGGCACCGCUCCCGACCUCGCGCCGCCAGAAACCAAAAAAGAAGGUUCAUCGGAAAUUAAAGCUGAACCUAUGGAGGUCGAGGAAAGUGAAGCUAAAGUGAAAGACGAACCUACGGAAACGUCCCCGUCAGCCGAAACAGAUAAGGAACCUAAAGAAGAAUCAACAACGCAGGCUAACAAAGAAGAAAAACCAGAAGCCCCAGCAGCUGUGGACGCGAAACUGCAGUCGGCGGCGGCGGCGGCUCUCGCUGCGGCGGCCGUCAAAGCGAAGCACCUCGCGGGGGUAGAGGAACGCAAGAUCAAGUCGCUCGUCGCCCUGCUCGUCGAGACGCAGAUGAAGAAGUUAGAGAUUAAGCUACGGCACUUUGAAGAAUUGGAGGCCACUAUGGAGAGGGAGCGAGAAGGUUUGGAGUACCAGAGACAACAAUUAAUUCAGGAACGACAACAAUUUCACUUGGAACAACUCAAGGCGGCCGAGUUCCGAGCCAGGCAUCAAGCUCAUCAAAGGUUACAAGCGGAGAGCGGUGCGGGCGCGGCGGCGGCGGCCAGCGGCGGAGCGGGCGGCGCGGCCGUGGGCGGGGCCCCGGCGGUGGCGGCCGCCGUGGCGCCCGACGCGCCGCACGACGCGCCGCCGCCGCACGCCUAG